UCGACAUGAUUGUGUACAGUCUAUGCGAUAUUGUGUGGUGUGUAUAUUUGUGUAUAGACUUCUAGGUCCCUGUCUCACAGCAUGUAUGCAGUGCUAGAGGUCAAUACCCACUAGCAUUGACUCUCUAUGCUUUGCUGGAGUGGUUGCGCCUAGCUUACGGGUUCUUUGUCAUGAAUAUGCGGAAUUGAUUAGCUUGUAGAUAGUCCGUAACUUUAAGGUCAAUUCUUUACAUUAUCGGACGUAUGUACUGACCGUAUCUGAGUAUAUAUUACAGUGCAAGCCAUAAUAAGCUGGCGUCUGUAUACGGAGUGUUCAGAUGUGCUCGGUAUAUUUGGGAUAUUAAAUAUUCUCCACUAAUAUUUUGCUCACUUCCAACACUUCGGCCUUCUUGAAGACAUCAAGAAUUGCUACUUAAUUGCAGAAUUAUUAUAAUAUCACUCUUGACUAUCAACGUGGUUAAAAGACGGGCAGCAAUUAUGGCAUUAUGGAAUCUUGCCCCAGUUACAGUUUUGGUGUUAUCCGUGCUUUUCAGCUUUCUUGGGUACAGAUGUCUGCUCUGUAUGAUUGCAGUAUGGACAGAAGUAAAGCGGAUCGUUCACAUUCGGCGCACUCUUCCAGGUGCUCCACCUCACUGGCUGUUCGGCAAUGUCCUGCAAGAACCUGGACCCGUGACUCCUGGGUUCGAGUGGCAUCGUAACAUGCCUAAGUCCUAUCGAAGACUUCAUGUCUUUUGGGCUGGAUGGAAACCCAUUGUGGUACUGAAUCAUCCUGAAUCUGUACGGAAUGUACUCAAUGGCAGUGUUGGAACGGUCAAAAGUGAAUUGUAUCGACUAUUUGAUGAAUGGCUAGGCCAACCUAUGGCUACAACAGACGGUAAUUUAUGGAAGAGACAUCGGAGGCUCAUUACAAACUCUUUCCAUUUCAACGUUCUCAAGAGUCAUAUCCCUAAAAUGAAUCAGAUUGCCGACACCCUGAUUUCAGUGAUCUCACAAAGAGGUGUGGCGGGAGAGCUCCUCGAACUCCACAAAACCACGAGUGCUUUUUCCAGUGACGUCAUCUUACAAUGUGCCUUUUCCUACGAGUCAGGCUGCCAGGAGGGUGUCUCAGAAUACAUGAAAUCUGUAUCGACCCUGGCUGGCAUUGUCAUGAAGAGGUCUCUGAGCCCACACCUCACCUACGACUUCAUCUUCCGACGAUCUUCACUUUACAAGUCUUGGAGAAAAGAGAUCGACGUCCUUCAUAGACUUCAGGAGAAACUCAUCUGUGAUCGUAGGGAGCAACAUGGACAGACCGGAUGUACGGAAUUUUCCAAAGGCAUGGAUUUCUUGGAUACUCUUAUGUUGGCAAAGGACGCAGACGGUAGACUAACGGAUAGAGAAAUGAGAGACGAGAUAAAUAGUUUCGUCUUUGGCGGAAUUGAUACGACGUCUAGCGCCCUCACGUGGUUGUUGUACUUGUUGGCUACUCACCCAGAAUACCAGACCAAGGUCCAGGAGGAAAUUGAUGUACUAUUCCAAGAUCGUGAUCCUGAAGUUUGCAGUGAAGAUCUUCAUCGUACCCCAUUUCUGAUGAAAUGUGUCAAGGAGAGUCAGCGCAUGUACUCGUUCGUAACCCCAGGCCGCCUACUGACCGAACCCCUGGUCGUCGACGGUCUUACAGUCCCAGCAGGCACUGAGCUUACCCUCUUCACCUAUCAGCUCCAUCACAACCCCGACGUCUGGGGCGAUGACCAUAUGACAUUCAGACCAAAUCGUUUCGACCGCCAGAACGUCGAAGGCCGGGAUCCGUUCGCUUUCAUUCCCUUUUCCGCAGGUGCUCGGAACUGCAUCGCGCAACAGUUCGCGCUACAGGAGAUACAGGUAGCAGCGAUUCGGAUUUUCGACAAGUUCGGCUUUACUUUGGUCCGUGACUCCACGCCAGUCUUACGGGUUGUUAGCGUACCAGAAGAUGAAAUACUGCUAGGUAUUCAUCCUCAGAGAGAAAAAUAAUUUGGUACAUCCUUCGAUUAAUUAUUACUGUCACCAUUAUAUGUUUAGGUAACACUUUUUACAACGAAAUAUAUUUUAAUUUACUGCUAGUUCUUUUGCAACGGUGAGGUAGAUUAUGACUUGUCUUAAUU